AGAAGGAGAGGACGGUUCUGUUGUUUCCUUUCUUUUUCCUCUUCAACAAUGUCUAAGGUGAAUCAUCUGAGAGAGUUUAUCGGUCAGCGACUAACAGCAGCUGCUGUAGAAAUAUUGUCAGUGUUUGAAAAAAGCAUCUUGGAGUAUGAAGAAGAGCUCGACCGUCAGCGCAGACUGUUGGACCUCGCCUGGAAACCUGAAAUCAGACUCCACAGAGUCGAACUCCCACAAGAAAAUGUUUGUAAGGUGGAGGAAGACGGGGUUUCCAGUGUCCAGCACCUGGAUAACCUGGAGAGGAGCUGCCCGGACCAGGAGGAACCAGGGCAUCCACAGACUACAGAACUGGAGGAAGACUCCAGCGGUCAGGAGAUGAAGCACGAGGACGUAGAGGUGGAUGUCUCAUUGGUCAAUGUCGCAGAUGUGAAAGUUGAAAAUGGUGAACCAGGACCAAACUGUGGCCAGCUGCUGUUGCACACUUCUCCUGAAGCUCAAAACAAAGAUGAGGAAGGGACUGAAAGUUUACGCUCAGACUCCAGUAAAACUGCAGAUCCGGAGCCAAUGAGACGACACGGUGACCACGAAGAUGCUGCUGUCCCGUCAGACAGCAACUGUAAAUCAAAGCUGACCAGGACCCACACGGGGAAGAAGGUAUUUUCUUUCAGCACUUGCAGAAAAGAGUUCAGUAAAAGUCCUACAGGUGCCGUCGACCGGCAGAAAUGA